AGCGGGUGUGGAUCCCGCACCGCAGCAUACAAAACAAACAGCAGAAAAUAAAAAGAGAAAUAGAAGAGAAGCGCGCGUGAACACACACCCGGCACUCGAAAGGAAGUCUGCACACCUGCUCUACGCGGACAGACAAAUACGAGAAUGACGACGUGUGCGGCACCGUCAGCAUCGCCGACGACGCCCUCCGCCCCCACCAUCGAGGCGUUUCUUUGUGACAACUGCCGCUGCCCCAUCGGCACCGUGUGGGACGUGCUGCCCGCCGAGGCGCACGCACCGGUGUGGAAGGACCAGGUCUACAGCUAUGAAUUAGACCUCUUCGCGAAUGGAUCGCCACCGAUCCAAGCAUACAGCGCCACCAAUCCGAGUAAGCGGCGCUUUGAUCUGCUCCGGCUAGCGCCUUAUGUGACGGUGCACGGCACCCCUGAGGCGGCGGACAAGGAACCGGAGGAAGGUCCUCCCGUUGACGCGUCUGCCUCCCCCGCCGCUGCCAUCACCACGGACAACACAGCACCAACAACAACCACAACGCGGGCGCCACCCUUCGCGGUGUGCGACACAGCCUUCUACUCCUCCGAGCACUCUUUCUUCACCGGCUACGCGUGGUGCUUCUGCCACUGCGGCAACUGCGGCGAGUUCCUCGGCUGGGGCUUUGCGUCGCAGGAUCGUCUGAACGCAGCAGCAGCAGCAGCAGCGGUCGCACGUGCACGUGAACGUGAGGCCGGCAACCGCCCUGGAGAUGACGGCGACGCAUCUGUCAAGGGUUGUUCGCGUAGUCGACUGGUGGAGGAGGUGGGGGAUCCCGAAGACGAUGGCUCCCGUAACGCAGCACCUCCGGACUCCGCCGCUGCGCCGCCGCCCUCCCCUUCGUUGCCGUCAACGUCCCCUGAGGUGCACUCGGGCGACGAGGUGGGUGAGGGCGCCAGCGGCGACGAUAGUUGGGAGGACACCGCAGUGGACGAAGACGACGAAGAAAAUGGCGGCGAAUGUGAAGAGGACCAUGACGGCGACAAGAGUACCUCCACGGUUGGCGUCGCGCCGGACUUCAUUGGUAUCAUCAUCACAAAUUGCACCGGAGAGCCCCGCUACCCCGUGGCCUCCCUCCUGAAGGAGGUGGGGUGGCGGGCGUGGCGUCUGCAGCGACGCAGACGUGUACACGCCGUCACACGUGAUCUGCGACGGCUGCUGCUGGAGGACGCCGACGGCUUCCAUGCCCACCGCAUCUACUACAUCUUCAUGUCCCUCGUGGAGCGGAUAUUUCAGUCUCCCCCGGCCACGGCACACCCUGUUGUGGGAGAGGACGAUGUGCCGUCGCUGGUGGCGAUCGUCGCAGCGGCCCGUGCCUCGGUGGAAAGUCAGCGCGAAAGCCAAAUGGCUCAGGAGCACGCCGAGGGAGACGGUGGGGAGGCGAGCGAUGACGACAACAGCGGCGAUGAUGGCGAGGCAGCCGCUGAGGCACCAACGGGCGAGAGCGAAAGCGCCUAA